AAGAAUAUCAUCAUAUCCCCAUGGCCAUACCUCAAACCGUCACCGUAUUGCACCAAAUUGCGGUUUCUCCACCGCCGGAAACAACCGCCGAAAUAUCCAUUCCCCUAACAUUUAUUGACAUGGCGUGGCUAAUAGCACCGCCAGUGCAUCGACUCAUAUUUUAUCACCACCCCAUAUCAAGAACUGAUUUUGUGGAUUAUCUAAUUCCUAAGAUGAAAGAUUCAUUAUCCCAAACUCUCCAACACUAUAGUCCCUUAGCAGGUAGAGUGAUUGUCUCACCCGACAAAAUAAACAUGCCGGAAAUUCGUUAUGUGGAGGGUGACACCAUUCCGCUGGUCAUCGCGGAGUUCGACUCAACGAACUCCAACGAUUUUAGCCACCUAGUGUCAAACGAUGCAAGAAGUUCAAUGAAUUUGAACCCACUAAUUCCAAGACUACUCCCGACUUCACGAGCACCGGAUGGCUCACUCUCAAUCCCAUUGUUCGCAUUACAAGUAACACUAUUUCCCGAUGUCGGGAUAUGCAUAGGUGUGACCAACCACCACACAACGGGUGACGGGAGUAGCAUAUUCGAGUUCAUGAAGGCUUGGGCAUUCUUUUCUAGCCACCACAAAGACGACGACAAAGGCAAGUUUUCAAUGUUAUUACCAUCUCAAUAUUUGCCGGUUCUUGAUAGAACACUAUUCAAAGAUCCGAAAGGACUAGCAAAGAUUUAUUGGGACUUUGUGAAAACCAUCAACAUUGAGGAAGCACAUAAUGGCUUCCGCCUUCCACUUGUCACCGACAAGGUCCGGUCUACUUUUGUAGUGACACGAGACGACAUUCAACGACUUAAGAAACACGUACUCGCACGAAGUCCAAAAUUAGUACACGUCUCUUCGUUUACAGUGACUUGUUCAUAUGUAUGGAGUUGCCUAGUUAGAUCAAGAAAUGAGAUAAAUGAGGGAGACAUGCAAGAAGGUGAAGAAGAAGAAAUGGAGUUUUUUUUGUGCCUGGCCAAUUGUCGGGCUCGUUUGGACCCUCCCUUACCUACAAACUACUUUGGCAAUUGUGUCAUGCCAUGUUUGGGAAGCACAAGCAGGAAAAGCCUAAUGGGAGAUGGAGGAUUUGUAGAGGCGGCUGAGGCGAUUGGGGAGGGAAUUCGUAGCCAAUUAUACAAUGAGGAUAAGGAUGGAGUGCUGAAAGGCGCCACUGACUGGUUGACGAGUAUGUCCAGGAUGACGAUGGGUAUGAGCCUGGCUGGCUCGCCCAAGUUUGACUAUUAUGAGCUGGAUUUCGGAUGGGGGAGGCCUACAAAGUUUGACAUUCCUUCUAUUGAUGUGACCGGGGCCAUUUCUGUUGGUGCGGCCAAGGAUGACGCAGGUGGACUGGAGGUGGGUUUGGCAUUGUCCGUUGAACAAAUGGAAUCUUUUGCCAGAAUUUUCUCUCAAGGUUUGAAAGGUUUAUGAAGCAUUAGUGUUAAGACUCGAGUUUCCAUCCUAAAAGCUUUAUAAAAAGAGUAGCUCAUGUUUUAAUAUAGUACUUUGUUAAUUCAAAUUUUUCCGGUGUGGAAUUCUAAUACUUGGGAUGCAUAAAUAUAUUUAGCAGUCUUAAAAUAUAUUGUCAAUCUCAUCUCAAAUGAGAAAUGUGUUUAAAAUUAUUUUUAUCUCCACCGCAUAAAUUUAAAAACACAGUUUUUAAUUUAUUAUUUCACGUACUAGUCAAAUUUGUCCAGGUUUUGUAGGACGGUAGGGAAGUGUAACUUUUUGAGUUUAUGAAAAGUGAAAAACUUGGUUAUAUCAUUGUUGUACGUACUAACGUACAUCAUGUUUUUUGGGCAAUCGGGAGGUCAGAACUGAGAUACUAUCCCAAAUCUCUAAUGAAGACAGCUCUUUAUCGUGCAUUUGAUCACUAUGGUUUUACCUAAAUUUGUUAAUGUGCAAUUACCUAUAGGAAAUAUACUAAAUUAAAUUAACUAUACUCAUGUUAGUAUGCUAUGUAUACGUCAUUUUUGUUUUGAUCUUGUACUGUGUAUGACUCACACUUAAUUAGCAAUACAUGAAAAUAUUUCUAUAGCAUAUUUC